GCACUCUGGCUGGGAGGCCGGGCCCCCUCUGGCCAGUAAAAGGGCUCAGCAGCCCUGAGGCAGAGAAGGGCCAGAGCACAGACAGGGUAGUAAGCGGGCGAGUGAGGAGGAAGGAAGGGAAAGAGGGAAGAAUAGAGGUGAGGGAGAGUCCGGAGGGGGAGCACGAGGCGGUGGGAGGAGCUGAGCAGCUGUGGCAUUUGGAGCAAGUAUAAAUAGCUGUCUGGGUGGAGCUUGGCCAAACAGGGGUUUGCAGCUGCAGCAGCUCUGAGGGCAGACCUGCCCACUGGUGGCCGCAGUGGGUGCCUCCUGGGCUCGGAGCGGGGCCCUCUGGGCUCUGACUGGACACCUAUCACCCUCCCCACAUCUUUGGAUGCUCUUCCAGCCAGCCAUGCUGCUAGGUGGCCUCCUCCUCACUGUGGCCGCGAUGACCGUGGCCCAGCGGAGGGGGCAGGAGGCGAGAGGGCGCCGCCGGGCGCACCGCGUCCAGUACGGCCAGUGCAGCUACACCUUCGUGCUGCCGGAGCCUGAGCCCUGCCCUCCAGAGCCUGAGGCCUUCAGGGCCUCCAACAGCCUCCAGAGGGACUCGCCAGCCUCGGCAUUGAACCUCGGGGACUGGCCCACCAAGCGGGUGCAACGCCUGGAGAAGGUGCUGGAGAACAACACGCAGUGGCUGCGGAAGCUAGAAAGGUACAUCCAGAGGAACUUCAGGCCGGAGCUGUCGCAGGUACAACAGCAUAUGGUCCAGAACCACACAGCCACCAUGCUGGAGCUGGGCACCAGCAUCCUGAACCAGACCACGGCCCGGGCCCGCAAGCUGACUGACGUGGAGGCUCAGGUACUGAACCAGACAUCAAGGAUGAAGAUCCAGCUGCUGGAGACCUCACUGUCCACCAACAAGCUGGAGAAGCAGCUGUUGCUACAGGGCCAUGAGCUCUACCAGCUUCAGGGCUACAACAGCGCGCUGGAGAUGCGGGUGGAAGCGCUGGAGACACAGCAGCAGGCGGAGCUGGCCAGCCUCCGCGGGCAGAAGGAGCAGCUGCGGCGCCUGCUGAGCCGCCAGAAUGGCGCCCUCACCGACCUCCAGCGCAGCCUGCGUGCCGCCAGCAGCAACUCCAACCUCCUGCAGCUCCAGCAGCACCAGCUGCUGGAGUCAGUGCAGCACCUGCUGCGCCUGGUGGCUCAGGGCACCGGUGAGCGGGCCUCCGUCGUGGCAGCCGAGCAGGUGUUCCAGGACUGCACAGACAUCCAGCGCUUCGGGGCCAAUGCCAGUGGCAUCUACACCAUCCGUGUGGCCAAUAUGACAGAGCCCAGGAAGGUUUUCUGUGACAUGGAUACCAAUGGAGGUGGAUGGACCCUAAUCCAGCGCCGUGAGGAUGGCAGCGUGAAUUUUCAGCGGAAAUGGAAAGAUUAUAAACAGGGCUUCGGUGACCCAGCUGGGGAGCACUGGCUGGGCAAUGAGUUGGUGCACCAGCUCACCAGCAGGGCAGCCUACUCUCUGCGCCUGGAGCUGCAAGACUGGGAAGGCAACAAGGCCUAUGCCCAGUAUGAGCAUUUCCAGCUGGGCAGCGAGGAGCAGCUGUACAGGCUUUCUCUGAGCGGGUACAGCGGCUCAGCGGGGCACCAGAGCAGCCUGGUGCUGCAGGGCACCAACUUCAGCACCCAGGACGCAGACAACGACAACUGCCUCUGCAAGUGCGCCCAGAUGUUGUCUGGAGGGUGGUGGUUUGAUGCCUGUGGCCUCUCAAACCUCAACGGCAUCUACUACCCAGCUCACAACCACGUGCGCAAGCUCAACGGCAUCCGCUGGCACUACUUCCAGGGCGCCAGCUACUCGCUGCACGCCACGCGCAUGAUGGUGCGCCCCACUGGCAUCUAACGGCAGCCUCGCGUGGAGGCUGGACACACAGGAGGAGACAGGACUUGGCGUUCCCUGGAUGAGCAGGACCCAAAACAGGACACAGUGCCAGGGCCUGGGCCUGGACACCGGGGUCUCCUGAGCCAGCGCUCCUUGCCCCAGGAGUCCCCAAGAUGUCCCCCUGUCCCCCUCAGGUUGUGAAACUGUGGGCGUUUAGGGGUUCCUGUCUCUGCAGGAUUGCUCCUUCUCUUUCCUCCAGUCGUCUGCAGGGGUGGGGGACACAGGGGCGCUGUCAUUGUGAGGGUCACGUUGCCCUGAAUGAGCUGGGAACAGAUGGCUUGGCUCCUCAAAAGAGUGCUUGGCUGACGGUAGAAUUUCAGGCAGGUGGGAAGGUCUUUGCAGGCAGGAAACUGUUUGGGUUUCCCGGGUUGGUGGGAAGGCCAUCUCCUGUCCCAAGCUUUCUCAGCCUUGAGAUGUCCUUGAGCUUUCUGUCCAAGGCUGCAUAUACCCCAUAAUAGGGGUCAUUACUGUCACCCCACACUGUCAACUGUUCCUGGGCCCCAACACCCGGAGCUCAGCCCUGGCCUCUCAGGGGCUCCAGGAGAGCUAAGAGAGAUUCCUUUACCCCCAGCAGGUCCCAGAAUGCGCCCCACAGAGAACAACUCCGACUCCCCUCUCAGAGUACCCAUGGUCAAGUGCGAGCGAAGCACCAGGUAAAAUCGACGUGAACAGGCAUUCUUAGCUGCAGGACUUGUCAGAGCCUGUAUGUGGCUGCCCACAUGGGGGCCAGAGCGGGCAGCUCUGUCCAAAUUUACUUAUUUGAAAAUGGGCCCUGUUUAUGCCCUGUGUAUGCUGUGGAUGCCCUUGGAAAAGGUCAGUCCCCAAGUGUCAUGAGGAGGAGCCCCAGGGUUCCAUCCCCCACCCCCAGCUACUCACCCUUUCUGGCCAUAAGAGCCACAGUGAUGGUCUCAAACAGUCUCUACAAACAACUGGAAGGGAACUUGGAUUAAGGCAGGCACACAGCAUCCCUGAGGAAGGGUCUAGAACUAAGUUUCCUGCCUAUGCCCUGGGACAGUGCUCUCCGGGGCUCCUUCUGGCCCCGGACGCCAGCUCGCGGCCUAGGGCUGCCCUCGGCACUCCCUGGAAGCCCAGCUCAGCCCAGCUCAAGUACGGGCACAGCCGGAACUGUCCUCACUGCCUUGGGCAGGACACCAGUCUCUGGGUCCCAUCCUCCCAGGUCUAACCCGGGAACCCCUAGCCCUCUCCUCCUGCCCCAGCCAAUGUGGUGCUACAGCUGGGACCUGGGGCACCAGGGGCGCCUCAUGAGCUUCUUUCAGAGGACAAAGUCAGAGGGAGGCCACAGCCACUCUGCCACCCACCCCCAUCACUGUGUCACCGUCUUCAAUCCCAGUGAGAUCAACACUCACCUGCCGUUUUAUUGGGUGUCCAACCUGCAGCCCGCAGGCCGUGUGCAGCCCAGGAUGGCUGAGAAUGUGGCCCAACACAAAAUCGUAAAUUUACUUA